CCCGCAGGAUAUUCCCCUGUCCCACAGGAUAUUCCCGUAUCCCACAGGAUAUUCCCGUGUCCCGCAGGAUAUUUCCGUGUCCCGCAAGGUAUUCCCGUGUCCCGUGGGAUGUUCCCGUGGUUGCUCCUGGUGCUGAGCGUCUGCACCCGCCCCGGCACAGGUACCCUGCCCCGGUUGUCCCCCCAGGUCUCCCCUCGCCACACGGACUCUCUGAUUCAGAUCCUGGACGCUCUCGAAUCCCCGGCCCGGGGGCUCCUGGGCACCUUCCCGGCCCUGGCGCGGUCCCUGGGGGUCUGCAGCAGCCCGGGGUGCCGCGCCGUGCUGGGUGAGCCCCCGAGCUCCCCUGACCCCGCAGAGCUGCCCCCCGAGCAGUGGCAGCUCCUCCGGGAGCUCCUCCGGCCCGACCCCGCUGCCCCGGAGCGCGGGGCCGUGCUGGCCCCCGACGGCUCCACGGUGGCCCUCGGCCCCCUCCUCGCCGGCAUCGAGGUGGGGCUCAGGCGAGGGGGCUCGGAGGGCUCUUGGGACCCCCUCCCCACCCCUCGGCCGCCCCUCGACCCGCUCUUCGCCGUCACCAUCGCCGAGGUUUUGGGGACCUCCUUCCUCCUGGCACGGGACAGCGACGGACCCGCGCUGGGACCCGGUGGCUGCUGGGACGACGUGGACGACCCCCAAAACUACACCCUGACGGGCCCUCCGACCCCCGUGCCCGACGCCGUGGCCAACGGGGCGAUGGACGGGGUGGUCCUGGGUGACCGCCUGGCCCAGGACCCCGUCCCGCUCGCCGAGCUCCUCCGGGGCUACUACGGGACGGGCAACGGCUCGGACACGGCGAGACCCCCCAGCAGCUACCGACGGCGGGAUUUCGGGGCGCUGGCGGGGCCGGAGAGGCUGGAGGAGGAGCUGGUGGCCAUGCUGGACGUACUGAGGGUCCUGCCCCCCACGCGGGGGCUGUUGGAGGGCGUGGGGCCCGAGGAGGUGGCGGCCGUGGCUCGACGAGCGGCGGGGGAGUUCACCCAGCGCUACGUGGAGUGCCCGGCCAUCGUGCCCCGCUGCAUGUGGGGGGCCCGUCCGUACCGGGGCACCCCCAGCCUGCUGAGCCUCCCGCUGGGCUCCGUGUUCAUCCACCACACCCUGGAGCCGGGCACCCCGUGCCGCUCCUUCCGCGCCUGUGCCCGCGCCAUGCGCAGCAUGCAGCGCUUCCACCAGGACACCCGCGGCUGGGAUGACAUCGGAUACAGCUUCGUGGUGGGCUCGGACGGGUACCUGUACCAGGGCCGGGGGUGGCACUGGGUGGGUGCCCACACCAAGGGCUACAACACCAAAGGUUUCGGGGUGGGCUACGUGGGGGACUUCUCAGCCACCCUGCCGGACCCCGACGCCCUGGCCCUGGUGCGGGACGAGCUCCUGCCCUGCGCCGUCCGCGCCGGCCACAUCCUCCACAACUACACCCUGCGCGGGCACCGCCAGCUGGGCCGCACCGACUGCCCCGGGGAUGCCCUCUUCCAGGAGAUCCAGAGCUGGCCCGGCUUCCAGUGAGGACCAGCCCCGUGGGCCCCGGGCCGGAUGGUGAGGUCGGAGCGUGGGCUGGAUGGAUGCUGGGCCAGUGGGGGAUGGGCUGGACGGACCCUGGUCCAGCAGAUGUCAGUCCCAUGGAUGCUGGACAGACCCUGGUCCAGCAGAUGUCAGUCCCAUGGAUGCUGGAUGGACCCUGGUCCAGCAGACGUCAGUCCCAUGGAUGCUGGAUGGACCCUGGUCCAGAUGGACACCAGACCCAUGGAUCCCAGAUGGAUCCUGAUCCAGAUGGACACGUGCCAUGGAUGCCGAUCUGGAUGGACUGGUCCCGAUGGACACACCAAUCCCACAGAUCCCAAAAGAACCCUGAUCCAGAUGGACUCUGACCCAGAAGUGGCCAGAAGGCAGCCCAGUUGGAUGCUGGUCCAGAUGGACUCCAUCCCCAUGGGAACCAACCUGGAUGGAGCCUGGUCCAGAUUGACCCCGGUCCAGACAGACCCUCACCCAGUCCAUCCAGUCACAGCUCAGCCCUGAUCCAGGUGGGCACCAGCCCCAUGGAUCCUGAUCCAGGUGGGCACCAGCCCCAUGGAUCCCAGCUCAGAUGGACACUGGUCUGGGUGGACACUGACCCUGGGUGGACUCCAGCCCAAAGGAUGUCAGAUGAACCCUGGCCCAGCAGAACUCCAGCCUGGACAGAUCCCAACUUAGGUGGCCACCAGCCUGGAGGGACCCUGGCCCAGCCCCACCAGCCCAGCCGUCCAUCCCUGUAGCCUCAAACUCCCGAAAUAAAUCAUUGCCAGGA